ACACCACCACCCCGUACGUUAGCAACGAGCAGCUCAUGGAGAAAACAAACCGCGAGACGGAGUGAACUUAAUCAAAUUUCGAAUAGUGAUAUACCUAGAUAGAUAGCUGCUGUCGCGAGCUGGUGGUCGGUGCAGCAAACGGGCUGAGACGGUAGUCGUUUUAUCAUCGAGUGAAAAGAGAGAAAAAAAACUCAUCGAACGGCGUUUCGGCGCACACCGUGUCCGCGGUACAAGUAGACGUAUCCCAGCUGCAUCUCCCCAACACUCGCCGUCCAGGCACUAAUGGGUUCGUCCGCGGAUUUCAAGAGUCUCGAAGAUGAACUGAUCGACAAUGUAGAAAAAGACGUCCGUUACUGGCAACAGAACGACGCCAAGCUGAGGGCCGUGAAGAGCGUGUCUACCUACCAAGAGUUCAGCGACAUUGUCAAGGCGGCUCAUCUGCGUCCGCUGACCAAGAAAGAAAUCGAGUGCAAGAGCAACCCRCCGACAGUGUGGAACAACGUUGUGGCAACUCACAAUAUGCAAGACAGCAAGCAGCAGUGUUCUGAUCUCGCGGCCGCAGACGUCGAUUUAAAGGAUAACAUACCGAGCGCUUGCUCUCCAAUAGUCCAAGAGUUUAUUUUGAGUUUCCGUCGUCUCAGCACAGCAAAACUCAGGUACAAGUACUUGAGCCUACACGGUGCUGAAAAUGUAGCCUCCACGUUUCACACUGAAGAAAUACCUCCGUCUGUUCUGGUCGAACUGCUCGAAACACUACUCAUAUUCCCGUCGAACAGUGUUCCUGACAUAGUGGCAGUCACUAGGCUUUUAGACGUGAUCACCGGGACGAAAAGAUUUGAAUUGGCCAUUGAGUUUUUGAGUUCAACAGAAUUGGACACGUUGUGUAAUUUGUUCAACAAACUAGAGGAGAGUCUCAAGUCUGGUCAGCAAGAUUUGGCCGAACAAGGAGUGACUGAAUGGAGUUUGAGUACACUAAGGAGAAAAUAUAAAGUCUAAAAAAUUACGAUCAUUCAGUAUUAAUAGUGAAAAUAUUCCCAAUCCUCCAUACCUUAUACAUACCAUAUCACACAAAUCCUUACACCAUUUUAAGUGUUUAGUGAGAGAAUAAAAUAACGACUGCUAUAGUCACGUCAUAGAUGCAAUGAUUUAAUUAUAAUAUCCCAUCGUACGAUGUGUGGCAAUAUGUAUUAUUURUUUUAUUUUUAUUAUGAAAGACUGAUUAUACUCCCAAUAUAAUAUUAUAAUUAUACUGGUUAUCAUUAUUUUAUU